UCCACAUCCGCAUAGGAACACAUUUACACACCCACACACCUCUCUCACACACACACUUUCUCUCUCUCUCUCUCUCUCUCUUUCUCUCUGUCUCUCAAACUCGCGCUCUCUCUCUCUCUUCCCAUUAUCCACUCCACAAUCCACACCCAAGGUCCCAAAUUCCCAAGUCAAGUCUUCCCUCUCCAACACCCGUCGACGACGCUACCUCACAACCACACACACUGCAACUACGGAGUACGGAUACCUUACCUUCAAGCAACCCUGUCCGCCUCCUGCGACCCUGGACACACACUCACACGCAUACGCACACACACACACCCCUUCUCUCGCUCUCCUUCGUUGCCGCUCCUCUUCUCCUCAUCCUCACCUCCUCACAGCACUGUCCACCACUGUCUAGCCUACCCUGCCAUCCUAGGCAGUCCUGGGUCCUGGCCCCCCCCUCCCCCCAUCGACUCCUGGUCGCAUCCAUCAUCGAACAUCGGUUUCCUCUGGGCCCCAGCAGCUCAGUGAUAUGACCCUGCCUGUGUGUACCCAGCCCAGAUCUUGUUCCUUACCCCGGUCGCCUCCCCUUCUAGGUCUACCCACGUCAACCCUUCACGCCUCACGCCGGGACCUGUCGUCCAUUCAUAAUAAGGCUUGACCUUCUCCCGCGUACCCCCCUCACCAUCACCCACCAAUCCGGACAAUUCCUAGCCCAGCGCGCUCCCAGCGAGAGAAAUUCGAGACACAACUCCCCUCUGGUACUUUCUUUUCCUACAACUUCCUCUUUUUCCAACAAGUCUUUUACACAAGACACGUCUGUCUAGUCGCCGACAUCUCCAGCACUGAAGGACUCACUCAGAGUGAGAGUGAGAGCGAGCGAGCGAGCGCGAGUGAGAGAGAGAGAGAAAGAGCCGCCGAGUGCGCGGCCAGGUCGGGACGGUCGUCGCCAGCUACGCAUACCCAGAACUCAAGCAACCGGCUUGAAUGUAACCGCUUCUUUGACUCCGCUCUCCAUUCGAGGCUACUUCCACGACCUCACCGCUACCAACAAAUCGACUCGUCACGUCCAACAUCACAAUGUCAAACGAUCCCUCCGUGAGGCGCAUCUUGCCUCAGAGCUCCCAGAUGGGCAGCUUCUCUUUCGCGCCGCAGCAGUUCCCUCAACGGGAAACCCAAAAGAAUUAUGUCUUCGUGGAUGAACACAAUCGUCAUAAACGAUUGAAGGUGAUGAGAGCUUGUGAAGGAUGCAGAAGAAGAAAGAUCAAGUGCGACGCGGCCACAACGAACACCUGGCCCUGCUCGGCGUGUAUCAGACUCAAGCUCCAUUGCGUGCGCCCCAAUGGCCAGUACGAUGGCACCUCGACCGACGCCUAUGAGCCUGUCGGGGACGAGUUCGCUGCCGCCUCAUCGCAACUACAGAACAGCUUCCGCCAGCAAGUUCCUAUGCAGCAACAGUCCAUGAUGGCAGGGGGCCAGAAGCCCAAUCCUUCACUGUAUGCUGCGCAGGGCGCAUAUUCAGAUCCCAACGUCUUUCCACCCGUCCACUACUCCGACCAGCAGGUCCAUCAACACAACAUGCACUACACUACGGUUUCUCCCUCGUCCUCUAUGAUGGAGCAGCCUUACACCGGUCAGAACGUCUUCCCAACGCCGCCUCUUCAGCAGAGUCAACGUCCGGACUCCCCUCCCGACACCUACUCCAAUGACGGCUCCUACCAGCAAUCAGAUCUUGCUGAUCUUCUGGGUUCCCUGAAGGUCAACGAAGCUGGAACAGCGCCGUACUUGAGGAAUAAGGCCUCUUUUCUGCAUGAUGAGGAGCCCGCCGUUGAAGAUGAGGAGUACAAGACUCCUCUUCCGCCCAUUAUCACCGGACCAGGCCUCAAGAUUCGCAUCCCACCUGAACUGAUGCCGGACGACGAGACGGUCAUGCACUACUUUGAUCUCUUCUUCAGCCACGUGCAUCCCUACGUGCCUGUUCUCAGCAAAAGUGUCUUCUAUCACCAGUGGAAUACCAACAGAGAAUCCGUCUCGCCUCUCAUUCUCGAAGCUCUUUUCGCCAUGGGUGGAAGACUGGCCGACGACCCUGCCCAAGGGCAGCAGUGGCUCGCUUUGGCAACAAAGCACGCCGACUCUUUUAUGGACGUACCGAGGCUGAGCACUCUGCAAGCCCUGCUUCUCAUCUUGAAGGCUCGGGAAGCAGCACCAAAGCGUGGUUACUACUACCGCUCCUGGAUGACGAUUGUCCAAUGCGUUCAGAUGGGCAAGGAUCUUGGUCUGGACGAGCACUACACGGAUCAUCAAGCGGGAAGGCCAUGUGGCUCUUCUCCCUUGGAUUGCCAGAUGAAGAGUCGAAUCUGGCAGUCUAUCUUUGUGUGCGAAACCAUGAUUGGUUCUCCCCAAGGCCGUACUGAUCUCGCCGUGGAGCUGGAAUCCAUUGAUUUUAGCGUCCCACGCCCAAUCCCUGGAGGCGACGACUCUGAGUACCACAUCACCCGUAACUUCACCUAUUUUGCACGAAUUGUCCGCAACGUCAGCCGCAUGAACACGGCCUAUGGCCAUCUCAAGAAGAAGAAGACGAAGGAUUGGGGCGUCGAUCCCGAGUUUGUGCAGCUCAACCCGGCCCUGAAUGCCUGGUUGAAUGACCUUCCAGCGGACUUGUCGGUUACUUUCCCGCCCGAUGGCUCGCCGCCAUGGCUUUCGUCACCUUACAUUGGCAACCUGCACUCCUACUACUAUCUCACCCUGAUUCUGCUUCAUCGACCGCAGCUGAAUUUCUUGGACCCGAACGCGCAAGAUGGACAAUGGAAACAGCACAUGAUGAUCUGCUACUCUUCUGCCAAGGCUCUAUGCCGGCUCCAGGAGGCUGUUUUGAAUUCAUUUGGAUUCCCCGGACUGCAGUGUAUGCUUCGUGGGUUCAGUUUCACCGUCUACUGUGGACUGUGUUGCAUUGUGCUCCAUUUGGUGGCCGUCGUCUCCCCAGACCCUGAUCUGAACACUGAUGCGAGAGAGUUCUUCACGAGACACAUGCGAGUGCUCGAAAGGGUCAUGUCGGUUUGGCCGAUGGCCGACCUGCAGAAGCAAGUCGACGCGGUGCGCGAAGCGUUUUCUGCUGACGUCAGGAAACCCUUUGUCCUCAAGCCCAGCUUCCCUUACGGCAGCCCUCAAUCAUCCAACCAUUCCAGUCCUCCAAGGGGUUACAGGCCGGGUAUGGCACGCACUGCUUCCUUGGACCACCAGUUGGACACGCAGAACCUUCAACACUCCCAAGUCAGUUAUACCAGCCACCCCAUUACACCUCCUAUUUCUGCCGGACCUGUGGAUACCAAGAGUGACUCGCCUGCUAUACAGUCACUCGUCAUGAUGGCAAGUCAAGGUUCCCAAGCGUCGGGAAUGCAGCAAACCAUGUCGUUGUCGGAUGCGCCAGCGUGGAAUCCCGCACGUAUUUUUGAACAAUGGAACACGUCUUUCGGUACGCCUCAGGUCCAACCACAGCCUUCGACGCUGCCUCCCCAGUCCAAUUCGCUUAGUGUUUCUCCGUCUUCAGGUGCACCCGAAGCCCCGUCUCUCCAAGACAUUCAGGCUGUCAAUGCUACUCUCCCAGUGGCCUCUCAACAGUUGGCGCAGCAAUACUCUGCAGCCCCCGUGCAGACUUUUGUCUCGCCGGCGAUGUGGCAGGAGUCCGUGGCCAGUGUCUACGAAGGCGGUCUCAAGCGGGCCUGGGAUUACGAUGGCAGUGGUCCUAUGAUGAAACGGCGAUGAGCCGUUUCCAAAUUGAUUUUUGCAAAGCUACCUAACCUUCUUGUCGGCAACAUCUACGGGAUAUUUUACACCUUUGGUAUAGCGACGACGAUUUACCGGUUCAUAACAACACUCGCCAGCCUAUGGGGUGCCUCCGCGAAUCGCCUCUGGACCGACGAAUAGGUGCCCCUUGCAGCUACAGCGAUUCACGUACAUAUCUUGGAUUUUCGCUUUAUACGGUCCUUGUUCGCCAUAUACACGGUUUAUCUUCGCGACGAAAUACAUGUACACGAUUACGAUGAAAAUGAGGAGGAGGGGAACACAACGGAAGAUCCAUGUCGGGCGCCGGCGUCACUCAUGCCCCUUCGGAAGCAUGGCCCCUAACCGGGAAUGGGGCUCCCAAGAGGCUUUUGUUUUUUCGGGACGGUGCGAAGAAAGAGAGAGAGGGAAGAUUGGCGAAGCGGUGUCCUGGUCAGUAUUUCUGGACUGUAUUACUAUAUUUGGCAUAUUGCUUCAUGACGGAGCCAACGACGCGGCCCAAUUCGGUUCGGCGUACGGACGGCGCUCACCCUGGCAACGCGAACGAGGAGUCCUGUUUGCUUACUAUCACAAUCAUGGAAAGGCCCAAAAAAGUAACUGUAAGAGGAGAGAGAGAGAGAAGAGUUUCGUUGCUUCCAUUGACUUGGACCGAUCAAUACGGACAUGAUACCACCUUGCGCGCGCAUACAAAUUCAAACCACCUAGCAAUGUGAAGUGAAGAAGACAACGGCAAAACGAGAGGCAACCCGCGGGAACGGGCAUUCGCUGCAUCGUUUGCUUGGCAAGCAAGGAGUAAAACGAUUGGAAGAAGGGGGGGGGGGUGGGACGGGAAGUCGACAAUGGGUAGAUCUGGGUGUGGUGUAUGUACGUGAGUGCCCGAGGCGAGAGAGCUCCUACCGGGAAGUCCCCAAAGCGGUCGCAAAGUCUCGCGAUUGAACGAGUUGAUUGGCCACGGCAUCUGAUGUUGACAUGUUCACAGGGUUCAUUCAGCCGCACAUUGAGAAAGACUCCCACCCCCAAAUACACUUUGCAUAAGCAGAUGGUCUCAACUUCCUUUCAGAAAAAGACGUUUUUUUCCCUAUACGCAACACUCAUACACCCACAUACCACACACACACCCUUAGGUUGUCUGUCAAAGGGCGAAUCAAAAGGGAACCUCCACUGGAAACAACGUUGAGCCUUGACGGGGCAAACGGGCUAACCGACAGGUUUUACGGUGAAGUCAAGGUACGGGGUAGGUAUUGUCUCGGCGGUCGGCAAAUGCGUUUUCUUUUGUUUUUUUGGAGGCUGCACAGCGGGGUGGUAGGUAUACCUACCAUACUUACGUGAUACGUCUGACCUCGCUUAUACAGCAACAGCUACCUGGUACUUACGACUGCCCGGUUUAUCCCACACGAAAAAGUAUUUACAAUGUCGCCGUCGGCUAUUCCGUUGGCCUCCCCCGUACCCCGUAGAGCACGCCGCACCGCAGACGGAGCCUGGAGAUGAAGGAGAAGAAGAGCGACGCAACGGCGCGGAAGCCGGGAGUCGGAUGUCGGGGUAUCUGGUCGGAAGGCUCUGGGUAUGUACUACGUAGUUUCGAGUCUCUUUUGAUCCGCGAGAGAAAGUGUGGGGAGCAGUGACAUUCAAUGGGGGGGACCCUUGAGCCAGGGCCUAUGGGACCCCAAGGGAGGAAGGGCGGGCAUCGUUUGGAAACUUCAAAUGUGGUGAGACGGUUGAGUCGCAAGCUUACAUCAA